AAAAAAAAAAAUAGUUCUCACUUGUUGAAUCACGAUUUUUUUGUCUCCAAAUUACAGAACCAUUCUUCCCUAUUGAGUUUCUGACUAAGAAAUUACGGGUAGCGCUACCUCCGUUGUAAAAUGAUUAUCUUACAUGUGACGAUAGAAAUGAAGUUGACAAUCAUUGAGCACAAAUUUUAAUUUUGAUUUAUUUUUCUGUUAGAAAAUAUUACUCCCUCCAUUCAAGCAAAAUAGUCUAUAUUGAGUUUUCAAAUUUGUAUUAAAAUUCGUAAAAUUUCAUUACUCAAUGUGGACUAUUUUUUUGGGAGGGAGGCAAUAUUAUAGAAUCUGAAGUUGAUAGAUGCGGCUUGGGGCCAAAGCAGUCCUCAUCAAUUCGUGCAAUUUGAUGGUUUUUCUUUUUUAUUAUUGUGCUAUUUGUCUCCUAGUUUUAAACAAAUGAUAACAAGGAAAACAAUUUGGUCAGCAAAUUUUGUAACUUUUAGCAGAUCGGAUCCUGUGCUAAUUUUUUAUUUUUAUUUUGGUAUUAUUUGUCUAUAUUUAGUAAAUUAAAAUAAAUAAAUAUGGUGGCUAAGAAAAAGACAGGAAGCUUCUUUGUCUCUUACCGUAGUUGUCUGCUAAACCAAUUACACAAUUGGCACUUUGGAAUAAUAAAUUAGUUAAUUAACUAACUAAAUAAAAAAUAUCACAUAGUCAAGGGCUUACUCUUCAUUUAUUAAUUUUUAAAAAAUUGCAUUGGAGAAUAUCUCAAGAAAGUCAUCUAAGACUCUAAUUAAGUAUUAUUUUAAUAGUAAUUUAAAAAAAGGCCAUUAAUGAUUAAUGUUGAUGCCAUUAAUGGAAAUUGUGGAUCAUUUUAUUCAAAGAUACAUAAUCCAUUUAAAAAAUUCCCACUUGAUCCUCUUUGUUUUUUUUUUUUUAAUUUGUUCUCUUUAUUUUAUUUUGUGGCCAGUUGUUUUAGCCUUUUAGGAGCAAUUUUUCUUCAAAUUAGGGCUUUUGGAGCCCCCAAAAGGUCAUUUUGAGUGAAUUGGGCAUCACUCUUUUUUGUGUGAAACUCUAAAAUUAGAAUGCGGUCAAAAUAGAAGUGUGCAUGGGGCAGAAUAAAGUUUUGUACAAAGUGGUUGUAGUGGGAGUGGAAGAGAAUCAUUUACCCUUAAUCAUAUGUCGAGGGUUCGAAUUUCGUCAUGGACAUGGAGUAAUCUUAAAUACUUUGGCUAGUUGUCCCAUCCACCGAGAUGCCUAUAAUUCAGCGAUGGAGAUUAACAUCCUGCAAAUAUACAAAAGAAAAAAAAAAAGGAGUAAUAAAUACACAAGAUCGGUUUAUUUUGUAACUAACACAAAUUAGAUAAACGAUAUUUGCGAUUUAUUAACUAAUAAUAACUGCAAAAUCUCAUAUACUCUAAUUCGGAACAUUAAAUUUCAUGAACAAAAUGAUUGAUUAAAAAAAAGAUUUGAUAUACACAUCGAAUUUAGCUAAAAAUUCCAAAACUUAGGGAAAAUUUGUAUCAAGAAGAGCUGUGGACAAAAUCAUGUUUGCAAAAGGGAUACAACUUCUUAAUAAUUUGGAUUAGGAAAACUAAGUUAAUUUUCAAAAAAAAGAAUUUCGAUUGUAGAAAUAAGAUAUAAAAUUGGAUUUAUCAAAUUUAUGAUAUUAUCUAAAUGUUAUUAUUAAAUCAUCUGGAAGACUCGGUAAAAAUUAGCGAGAAUAAUAAUGAAGAGUUUAAAGAAACUUUUGACUUUGUUUAAAUUCCUCAAAUAACCUCAGCCAAUGGUUUUAUUAAUGAAAUUAUUUUUUUAUUUGUAUUUAAUAUAUAUAUAUAUAUAUAUUUAUAUUUUUGCCUAUAGUCACUCGUCAAAAACCCCUCUUAACCAUACAAUAACACCUCGCUGUUCCCUCCUUUUUCUCUCUCUUUUCUCAGUCUUCUCCCUAUUUUUUCUCUGAAACAAAUUACAAUCACUUCCAAGUCUCCUACUAAUUGUCAACUUCCUGGUGAAAAUUUUCACUGUUUUCUCCUUGUUAUACAAACACACUUUUAUUCAGUUUUCUCUGCACUUAUCAGUUUUCUGCUAGCUCUUGAAUGGUUACAACCAUAUCAAAGACUGGUGAAUGAAAAGGGCUUUAAUCAUCUGCUGUGAUUGUGUUCUGUUGAGGAGGAUUUGAGGCUAUCUUUUUGUGAUCCCGGAUUCACUCUGGAGCUCGAGAAGUUGGAAACAUGCAUGGGAAGUCGAUGAAUGAGUCAACAGGAGAUAUUCAAAUAAGUUUUGGUUAUCAGUGUGCUUUCCAGGAAAAGGAUCCUUAUAAUCUACCAAAAGGAAUUGACAUUCCUUCUGCAAUAUUUGGCCGAAGAAACAACAGUUCAUUCUGCUUGUCUGGUGCUGCUUUAAGUGCGAAUGCCACUUUAGCCAACACGAACAUUUGCAAUGGGUUGAUUGGGGCAGAGAUAUUGCCAACUUUGGAUUCUCCUAAUUCAUUUAGGAGGAUUCCCUCUUCUCCGUCAUUUUCGAAGUUGGAUUUCUUGUCAUCGUCUCAUGGUAACGUGUCGAACUUGAGUUGUAGUCCGUCAACUCCUAGUGAGCUGCAUGACUACGAUUCUUUUUCACCCAAGUCAUCAAGCACUCCUAAAACUGAUGGAUUUCUGAAUACAACAGAAGUAGAAGUUGCCGGUGGGGCUGCUGGCGAAGAUAGAGUUCAAGCUGUUUGUUCUGAAGAGAAUGGGUGGUUAUUCUGUGGGAUAUAUGAUGGUUUUAAUGGUAGAGAUGCAGCUGAUUUCCUGGCUGGAACGCUAUAUGAAACAAUAGGUUAUCAUCUUAACUUAUUGGAUAUGGAGCUAGAGCAAGAAUUACUAAAAGUUGCUAAUGGAAGCCUUCACCAUCUCGGUGAACCUUAUCAAUACACAAGAAAAAGUGCUUUAGUAGAUGUGGAGAUGUAUUCGUAUGCUGAUAGUGUUGGGAGUAGUACCUUAGAAAUUGAAAAAACUGGUGGCUCGUACAAGGAGAGGGUACUUAGCAGUCUUCAGAAUGCUCUUAAUCAAGCUGAAAAUGAUUUUCUCCACAUGGUUGAACAGGAAAUGGAUGACCGUCCUGACUUAGUCUCCAUUGGAUCUUGUGUAUUGGUUGCACUUCUUCUCGGGCAAAACUUGUACUUGUUAAACAUUGGUGAUAGUCGAGCUGUAUUGGCUACAUACGAUGAAAACAGUGGCAGAAGUGCUAAUGAUGGCCUCAUAGCUGUCCAGCUUUCUGAAAUUCAUUCUGUUGAUAAUGAAGAUGAAAGAACUCAACUUCUUCGUGAUCAUCCUGAUGAUCCCUCUGUGAUUUAUGGUGGAAAAGUCAAAGGAAAGUUGAAAGUCACUCGUGCACUUGGAGUUGGCUACUUGAAGAAGAAACUCAUGAAUGAUGCUUUGAUGGGUAUUCUUCGAGUCCGCAACCUUGUUAGUCCUCCAUAUAUAUCAGUGCAGCCUUCACUGAAAGUUCACGAAAUUUCAAAUUCUGAUCUUUUUGUUGUCCUUGGAAGUGAUGGUUUAUUUGACUUCUUCACUAACGAAGAAGUCGUAAAGCUUGUUCACUCCUAUAUUUCUAGUUAUCCAAAUGGUGAUCCAGCAAAAUACCUUGUUGAGCAGCUUCUAAUUAGAGCAGCAAAUUCUGCAGGAUUUACUAUUGAAGAAUUGCAAAGUAUUCCGGCAGGAAGAAGAAGAAAGUAUCAUGAUGAUAUCACUGUAAUGGUUAUUAUCUUGGGUAUGAAUAAGAGAACCUUAAAAGCAUCCACUCGCUUGUGAGUGCCAAUAAGGACACAUCAAAGUUGCCAUAUAUUUUUCCAGCUCUCGUCUACAUUAUUUUUGCAAUGCUAGGACAAACUAUUGUUUGGAAUUGUAUAUAGCGUUAUUUUCCGUCGAACACCGUCAUCUCUUUGUUGGAAUAUUAGCAUAGCCUAUGUUACCUUCUUGGGACAAUUUUUGCAAUAUAAGUUGCAACUAGAGCAUGUCUAUGUGAACAGAGUUUUAAAUAAUUGAUAUCUUAUAUGGUUUACUUUCAUAACCUGUUUAUAUUGUACAUCCAAUUGGGUACAUAACUAGUGGUAAUGUAAGGCUUGAAAAAGAAGCAAAGCGAAUAUGGAGAAUCUUGAUGAAAGGAAUGGUAAGUUCUAAUUUGACAUAGGAGCCUAUUCUGUAAGGGGCUCUACCAGUACCACACAAGUGAUAGAUUCCAAACAGGAGAAAGUUAUUCUCAUGAC